AUGUUCACGCUGGGGGAUCAAAGCUUGUUAUGGAUACCAUGGUUCACCAGGACUUUCUUUGAACAUUUCUGCCAAAUCAAGCCUAGUAAGAAGCUCCUCCCUCACUGUUCUUGCUUCUUUGGCACCAUUCUCCACCAGGCCCAGUGCAAACCACUUAAUCUCAGUCGCCCUGGCAACGCGCUGCUCAAGGGAAUAAACUUCACGUACUUCACGAACAGGCUUGAGAUCCUUCGUCCAUCAUCCCAGAGAGAGUGUAUGUCUGCGGGACUAUUGAGAUGGCCUUCUUAUGUCCCACCACCAGAAAAAACCUCAACCCUCGCUGUGCCUCUUCGUUCACAUUCUUCAUGA